AUGAAGCUAACGUUGUAUGCUGCUGUCAUCGUCUUGGCUGGGAUGGUCAAAGCUGCCACCUUGAAUCAGGACAAUGCGGACUGCCCUGUGGACCGGAGAUUCCUGAUUGAUCUGAAGUCACUGCUAAAGUUACACCUGGGAGAGAAGAUUAUACCAACUGACUCUCCACAUUGGAACAGCUCCGGGUCUUUGUUGUACCACAAAUGCCGAUUUGGUGGAGGGGAGGUGGAGGUGGAGGCGGCCAUGAGAGGGGAGGAGAGGGUUGUAGAUGCUGGAGGAACGACUUUCACGCGGUGGGGAAGGACAACAUGCCCACAAGGAAAUGAUGUCGUGUACAAAGGUUAUGCCGGUGGAAGUCAUUACCAGGCGAAAGGGGGUCCGGGAACAACGCUGUGCCUCCCCGAAGCACCCAUCUACGAAAAGCACACUAGUGAAGAAUCACAAAGCUAUAUCUUUGGCACUGAGUAUCAAACAGAAGCAGCGAACGCUCCUCUACACCGGCUGUUGCAAGACGAUGUCCCGUGUGUGGUGUGCCAGAGUCACAACAGAACAAGUGCCAUUAUGGUCCCUGCCAGGAACGAGUGUUUUCCUGGUUGGCAUCUGGAAUACAAGGGCUAUCUGUUUGGCGGUAAUACUCAACAUACUGCUUCCAGCGAUUAUGUCUGUGUAGAUGGCGAAGCAGAGGCUAUCCCUGGGGGUAAAGCAAACACAAACGGCCAUCUCUUGUACCUGAUCGACGCCAAAUGCGGUGCCCUGCCCUGCCCCCCUUAUGUUGAUGGCUGGGAGCUGACGUGUGCCCUUUGCACAAAAUAAAAAUAUUGUCUAUGA